AUAAUAUGUCAAGUGUUGGUGAUGAUUCUCAAAGUUAUGAAUAAAAAAAGCCUUCUUCAGUUGGUGUAAGUUAAAUAAUCAAUAAAAUAGUCUAUAAUACUGAUAGUAUUUACCUUGGCUGGCAUAGCAGGUUUUACUGCUUAUGCAAUUAUAAGUUCAGAAGAUUCUAAUUCCACAUUAUUGGAAACAGUAUUUAAUUAAAAUCUAGGCCUUGAUACAUAUUGGUCUAAUAAAUUCAAUGAUACUUUAGCAAAGAGAGUUCGUGUAAAAGUUAGAAUGGAUUCAGACAAUGAGCUUACAGUAAAAAUAGGGAAUGCGGAUGAGCCAGGAUUCGAACUUCCUGAAAAUUCUGAUUAUUUUCCAAAGGACUCAAAUUCAAAGGAUUCAAAGGAAGGUAAAAAGAGUUAUAGAGUUGAUUUGAAAUAAAAUGGAGCAUUUACAAUCUAUCGAGUUGAGAAUGGAAAGGAUAUUGAUACAAUAUUUGAUUCAGUUGGACAUUAAUUAAUAGUGGCAAAAGAUUAUACAUAAUUUGCAACAACAUUAAAUAGUAAAUAUUUAUAUGGUAUGGGACAAAGAAGAAUGGAAUUACGUUUUAAAGGAUCUGGAAAUUAUACAACAUGGCCUAAAGAUUAGUAUGGAACUAAUGAUUAUGGUACUCCAGGACAUUAAUUAUAUGGAUAUCAUCCGAUGUGGUUAACUUUUGAGAAUUCUAAAAAUUAUCAUAUUGGAUUUUUAAAGAGCACAUCUGCAUUAUUAACACAAAUAGAUGAAGGAUAAAGAAUGAUAUUCCAUGUUGUUGGUGGCAAUAUUGUUCUUAAGUUUUUCUUAGGAGGUCGUGAACCAGAAAAAGUAAUAUAAAGUUAUCAUCGAUAUAUAAAUGGAUUUGGAUUACAUCCAUUUUGGGCAUAAGGUUAUCAUUAAUGUAGAUGGGGUUAUAAAACUACUAAAUAGAUGCUUGAAGUCAUAGACAAAAUGGCAGAAAUUAAACAUCCUGUAGAUUCUAUGUGGAAUGAUUUGGAUUAUAUGACAAAUUAUUAAGUAUUCACUAGAGAUAAAAAAAAUUUUAUUGAAACUGAAAUGAAAUAAUUAGUCGAUAGAUCAAAUGAAAAAGGUGUUCAUUGGGUUCCUUUAGUAGAUAUUGGAAUAGCUACUAAAACUAGAGCUGCAGAAAUAGGAGAUGAUUUUGGUAUUUUCCUAAAAUCUGCAGUAUAUUCUAAUGAUACACAUAAAGUAAAUCUUGAAGGAUGUGUUUGGCCUGGAGCAGUAGUUUUCCCAGAUUUUAAUAAUCCAAAAACAUAAGAUUAUUGGACAAAUUGUUCUUUAUUGAUGAGAGAAGAAGGUAUGGAACCAUCUGGUUGGUGGAUUGAUAUGAAUGAAAUGGCUUCAUUUAUUCCAGGAGAAAGAGAUACUAAAAAUGAUGAACCAUGUUAUGGAGCAGAUCCUCCUAUUCCUGCUCCUGUAAAACCAGAAAUUGAUGAUAGACUUUGGUUCCCAGUUUUGGUCACUGGUUCUUAACCUUUAGCUCAUAAAACUGUUACCUUAAAUGCUGUUCAUUAUGGUAAAGAAGAUGGAGUACUUUUAAAAACAGAAGUAAAAGAAUAAUAUUUCCAUUCUUUAAAUAAUUUAGCAGAACAGAUAGCAACUCAAAAAACAUUGUAAAAAUUUACUAAUAAAACAUUAACUUUUUCAUUAACACGUGGUUCUAUAUAUGGAUCAGGUAGAUAUACAGCUUUAUGGACUGGAGAUAAUUUAGCUGAUUGGGAAUUUUUGAGAUUAGGUGUUUCAGAAUUAUUAUCUUUAUAAUUUUAUGGAAUUCCUUUAGUUGGAAAUGAUCUUUGUGGAUUUGGAGGAGAUACUAAUCCUGAAUUAUGUGCUCGUUGGUUAGCAUUAGGUGCUUGGUAACCUUUUGCUCGUAAUCAUAAUAAUAAUGCAAGUAUAGAUUAAGAACCAUAUGCCUUUAAAGACUAACCUUAUGUUUAAUAAGCUUCUUUAGCAGCUUUUAAUAAUAGAUAUUCUCUUCUCAAAUGGAUGUAUUCACUCUUUGUAAAUUAAUAUGAAGAAGAUUUAGGGGCAGGAACAGGAACUAUUAUUUAACCAAUAUGGUGGAGUAAUCCUGAAGAUGAAUUUGCAUAUUAAUUUGAAGAUUCUCAAUUCUUUUUCGGUCAUACAUUUUUAAUUGCUCCUAUAUUAUAUAAAAGUUCAAAUUCAUAAUCAUUAAAAACUGAUAUCAAUGUUUAUUUCCCAAAAGGAUCUUGGAUUGAUUGUGAGAAUUUUGAAACUAUUUAUACCUACAAAGAAAAAGAAGUUGUAGCAUUUACUAGAAAUUUCAAUUAAUAAGCCUUAUCAUUCUAAAAAGAAGGGUAAUUUAUAUCUUCUAUAUUUUAGAACUCUUGUUUUUAGAUAAGAACCAAAAUAGAGAACUAGAUUAUUAGAUUCUAAUUAUUCCAUUUAUGCUUUCCUUAAUUCAGAAGGAGUGGCUGUUGGUUAACUCAUGACACUUACAAAUUUUGAAGAAAAUGAUAACAAUAAUGUUUAAGCUAAAUGCUGGAACAAAGGUUCUAAUUGCAUAGCAAUCUACACUAUUAAAGCAUUUGAGGAUAAUAAAUUCUCAAUCUCCAUUAAAGGACAAAAGAGUUACACUCACUUUGAACCUAUCUAAAUUUAAAAAGUUAUUAUUAAUUAUAAGGGAAAAAAAGAAGAAUUUAUUAUUAACAAAGAAGUUAAAGAAGAAUAAGAAAUUAUCAUACCUUAAGCAUAAAAUUUGAGAGUAUAAUAAUUAUGA